CUUGUCCGUCAUCAAAUCCAAAGCACUAAUUACUGAUGUAAAAAAAACUGUUCGUUUGUUCAAUUAACGAAUUUUUCUUGUGGCACGCACCCCGAAAUGUCCCUAGUUCGUGCGCUUACUAAAACCUGCUGGGAAAUUCACGGAGAGGAAACGAUAUCUUACGAUCUCUAGCACGACAUGCUCAUGAGUUGUGCCGAAGAAUCUCCCGAACGAAAAAGUUCCUAUAAAACUGCAGCACUCAAUGCCUGUGCCCGGUAGUCGUGUUCGUAUCGUGCGUGUAAAGAAGUUUAUUCGGUCGGUUUAUUCGCAGCAGCAACAUUGGCCAGAAUGGUAGCGAAACCAUGACAGUGUAAAAUGCCGUCUUGCAGUGUUUCGAAAACGUACUAGCAUCUUGUCUGUUUUGUGCCAUUCGUUAGCUCAGUUAGCGAUUGUGAUUGAACGGUAGAUGAUAAAAGGGAGACGAAUGUUUGAAGGUGAUGGUGAUGGAAGACAAUUUGACAACCGAUGCGGCGUAACAUUGAGUGCCGGUGGCGCCAACAGAUGAUAGUAUGUUAAUUUUCGUCAGGCAAACUGUGCGGUGCAGCUUUGAUCGUCCGAUAAUGUGCGACGUGAAGUUCAAAGUUAGGGAAAACUUAGCAGUGCCGGGAUAUGAUGGAAAUUUAGUUGGCCACAGAUGGUACGAAACGGUUAAGCAAUAUGAUUGACACUGAUAAUGGAACGGCCAGUGAAAAUCCUCUCUGUUGGUGACUGUUGUUUGCUAAAGCCGCUAGAGUUUGCUGUUUGCUGACAAUCAUGCCGGGAGCGUAUGUUGGCCAACCUCUGGGUUGUGGGACGGACAUAAAAAUAUGAAUCGAUUUGCUUUUACGACUGGUGCAGAAAAAUGUGAUUCGCAUUUUCGUGCGGUUGAUUAGCUCCGAUGGACGGGCGAUGAAUGAUGAAUAACUUUCUGCAUCGUUAUGCUUUCUACAUUUAUAUCUUUGGCUUUACGAUAAAAGUGCUGUUAAAUAUUGGUUGUAAUAUAAUGAAUCUUUUGACCGUUUAUUCAUGCAGUUCUACACUGCUUUCAAUUGAUUUGUAACAGUAGUUGUUGAAUAUGUUCACAGUUAAAGACCAUAACAGGCUGUAAUGAAAUUGUAACAUUACAACACAUUAAGUAUAAUAACAUAAUAACAUAAUGUUUCAUGAAUAAAGCAAAAAAUAAAAAAAACAAACAAUGUAAAAAAUAUUACAGUCCCCAUGUUGUGUUUUGUUUGAAACAUGUUCAGACACGAUGCAAGGAAACGAAUUUUAUUUCUGUUGAACAAGUUGUUGAUUUUUCGUGUUGAAGUUUUGUUGGUUAUCGUAUUUGUGAGGCUUAACAUGCAUUUCACAGCAAAGUGUGUUUAUGUGCGCUUCCCUUCUUUGUGUUUGGCAAAAUUAAAUUGUUCCUUCGAAUCCCUCUUUGGAUGAAUCAUUAACGAGUUAAGAUCACGUGAAAGGAUUUGCUGUGUUCCGUGUCAAGGUAAUCGAUACUCUAAGAAGAAGCUUCAGGUUGAAGAAGAUAAAGGUCGUAAUUGACUAACGUUUACUUUCAGAAUCCUAAUUAAAUACCACACGCUGUUAAAAUUGAAAACAGUAUCGCUUCCUUUGCUAGAGCGUUUGCCAUUUGCUUUCAUUGUGCUACUGGAAACAAGGAAUAAAAGCAUUGGAAUGGAACUAAUACGUAAUUGAAACAAAUCAAACUUAAUUCUCUUGGGAUUUUUAACAACUUAAAAGAGGGCUCAAAAGAAGUAUACAACAGUAUGAAAUUCAAUUAAAUAUACUAGAUAAUGAAAUGCUAGACACUAAUACUAGAGACUUAUUGCGGCAGAUAGCAGACAAGUAUGUCGUUCUUACUUGUUGUUAUGAAUUAUUGAGAAGAAUUGGUUUAAAAUGUAAUUUAAAACGACUGGGUUAAUAUUUGUCAAAUAGGUAUUUGUAAUUUCGAACGAAAUUAAAAGAUAUUUUUGAAAAAAAAUUCUCAGGAGAGCAACACAAAGUGGUUCGAUUACGUUAAAUUAAUUUAUGCACAUUUAAAUUAAGAUUGACAUACGAACUUUUAAAAAAUCGUAGAUAUCUUGCGAUAGGAAUUUCACCUUUUUACCCCUUGAACGGUUUGUACAUCUUCGGGAGCGUCAUUAUUUAUAUAGCGCAUUUUAUUAACUUUCGCUUAGCUACGAUAUUUUGAAAUGUGGAAGAAACCUUAUUUUUGUUAUUGGUGGGUUCGUAUUAUUUUCGUAUCAAUUACAAAUUUUGAAUGUUGAACAGAAUGAAAUUUAUGGUACGUGAAGAAAAUUUUAAAAAUGUUUUCCAGAAUUUUCAAUAUGAGAAAGUAGGUGAAAUAAGGCAUGUACAGCUUUCAAUUUAAUAUUAUAUUUUUGGGAUCCUAGGUCCUUUACGGACUAUCCAGCUACGUAGUAAACAUAAGAGUAGAUACGACCAAGCCGUUCUUAACAUCCACAUAAAAGAUCCACAUAAAAGGCAAUAGCAGAGAAAAAUCAAAUGUGUUCUGUAUACAGUUACUACAUUGCGGCCGCCGGCAUUUGUGUACAAUCGUAUUAAAAGUAAUGUUACUCUAGGGAGAGAGAAGUUAAAAACAGGAUUUGUGGUACAAUAGAUGGUAGGGAGUGUUAUAAGAAUUAUGAUAUAUUAGCUAUAGAAAGUUUGAAUUUGAAAGCUUGACAAAGAAGAAAAACAUAAUGCGUAAGGAUAAAAUUUAAAGGUCAAUUUGUAAAGUUUGGUCCGUUUUUUGUUAAAACUUGCUAAUGAUAGUUUGGAAUUAUUUGUAAUUUAGUUGUCAUCUCUAUCUGAACAAUUUAGGAACGAGUUUCUUGUCAUGAAAAUAAAGACAUCUUACAAUAAAGAACGAGAAUCAGAAUCAGGCAUCCAGAAUUCCAAAGAACAUGAGAUGAUGUUUGUUGCAAGAAGUUUGUACCCCCGAUUUUCCACAUAACUGAUUUUGUAUCCUUCAUCUCUAACUGCUUAUUGAAGGGACUAUAAAACCAGGUCACGUACGAGCGAUUUGUUUCGAGUGACUUAUCCAGUGCACAGGGCAAUUGCACCGGGAAAGGAAGAUUCGAACUCCAAAUCAGGGUGAGGAUAUGUUGACGAUUUGCAUGAGACAUUAAGCUGAGUUGAUACUGUAGACGCCACUCAGCUGUACUGCGAAUGGUACACGAAGUGUUGAGAACAUUCGUAUACGCCCUUGAAUUCCUUGUGAAGAAGCAACCGGUGGCAAUUGUUUUAUUAGGUUUUACGUACUGAGUGCUUUUAUCAUUACCCUUACGGUAAUGAUGGUGGUGUGCAUGGUACCGGGUGUAAACAUUGUACGACCGCACACGAAUAAAUGCUGUUGGUACCGAUGUGAAUAUCGAAUUGUGGACCCUUGGGAAUGCGUUUGUUGAAUGUUGAGUAAAAAUAAAUGAUACUAUUCUAAUAAUGUUAUCUUUUUGGCAGAAAUGUUUCAAGAUGAUAGCAAGGAAAUUGUGUUUCGCAUAAUUAGAUGAUACCGGUGCAUAUGUAUUGAAGCAAUUUCGAAUUACCGAUUAAUUUUAAACCAUAUUCUAUACUUUUUCGAGAGCAAUUGAAAAAUAUAGAAUUCUCGAAUAAUUUAAUUUAGUAUGAUUAGACGUACCAAAUGGUAUGUAGGUUAUGGAGAGAUAAACACACCAAUGACAACAAAUAAUAAAUGAAGUGGAUUUAUUAGAAAAAUGUGGGUUUAAAAAUAAAAUCAUGCUUUUUUUUGUUCGUAUCACUCUUCAAGAAACACUGCAAACAAAGUAUGAUCAACUACCAGGCUGCUCCAUCACGUGUAGGAAAACAUCCAACGGUAAGGUUACCACACGUCGGUGUGAACGGUCUGACUUUUUGAUGAAAUUAAUUGAAGCUAUAUCCAUUAAUCAUCUUCGACACCUAUCUAGCAUCUAACCGGGAGUUAGGCAAAAAUUCAAUUUGUUACAAACUCCAGUGAUCCCUGCACGGGAACCAUGUUGACUGUAAAGGUUCAGAUGUGACGGGGUGGAUAAGAGUUUUUUUUUUCUCCAUCUGGUGGUAAUACUUGAGAGAAACGGAACUGCUGUCGCUAUGUAAUAAAUCAUCAUUCAUUUGAAGGGGUUUCAUUAUUUGCUCAUAUCACUAGAGAGCAAAGAACGAGAAUAGAUAAAGCAAAUUAUCGGGGAAGCGUAAAAAUAAAAGUAAAAAGGCUAGAGUUACAGAGAACAAAAAUAACUUUGCAAAUCAGCUAUUGUUGUAAUAGCUUGGUAAGAUAGGAAACAAUCUGAAGGAGAACGUGAUGCUUUAGCUGUAGCCGCUAGCCAGACAUCGACAAUUACGUAGAGCUAUAAGGAGAAAAGAAAAAUGUCUGUACAUUUUUAUACCAACACAUCUAAAUUCCUGCAUUUUACUCUAGAAAAGAUUGAAAAUUCCAACGAUUCCACCACAAACAGACAAGACGAAUUUUAUCGCUUGCAAACGUAUUAGCAUCAUCAGGAAGGUAAAAUGUUUUUUUGCUUCCUCUUCGUAUUUCUGUUAAAAGUAGGCAUGUUGAAAGUUCACACCGUACGCGGAAACAUUUCCAUUAUCAGAUAUCAUCUUUAUGCACCGUUUCGGUUCAUUGAUGCAUUGAGCAGUGUAUCCUCGUAGCCCCAGUACGAGGUACGCAUGUAAGAAAAGCGGGGUCUAAAGAUGUGUUCCAUUUGUGGGUAAAAUUUAUGCUAAUUUGAGAGCCACCUAGUUAUUUGGACAAUGUUUAGAACCGAACGUUCGACAGAAAAAGCCCCUAAAGAAUGUGUCCUGCCAGUGGAGGCAAAAUACAAACAUAAGCAAAACGGUUCGGCGGUUUCCUCGUCCGUGGUCGCGAAUGAUAGGGAGUAAACAGAAAGAUAAAAAUAACUGUCUGAAGUGGUGUGAUCUGGUUGUGAAAAUAUUGUCUACGUGACAUUGACCUACAAGAACAUGACGAUGUAGCCGCAGCAAUGCUGUUUUGAGUGAAAAUGUUUUGAGAGAAUUUAAGAAGCGAAUUCGACGAGUUAAUGUGUUAAAUUUUCGUUUCAUAUUUUACCAUAAAUUACUUAUUUCGUAGUAUAUUGUAUGAUAUUAAUUCCAUGGUGAAAAGGUUGAGUUCCAAGUGAAGCCAUAUGAACAUCAAGGCACAUAUUUAAGCAGCAGUUAGAAACGGUCUUUAGCAAAAUUUUCCACGUAAAGGAAGGAUACGGAAACCAACUUACAUAUAUACUGAUUUGCCUCGGAAAGUGCGUCGAAAGACCAAAAAAAGGAGGAAGCCAUGUACGGAAUGCUACUGGAAAGCGUACAACAUUUUGUACAGUUGGAAUAUGGAGAGUUCGUUUGGCGUCAAGCAUUGCUCACUACGGGAUGUAAAAACACCGUCUUUAACACACAUCAGCUCUACCCCGAUAACCUGAUACCGGACCUUGCUGCAGCCCUCUCGGCCAUUACUGGGAAACCGUUCGACGAGUUUAUGAUAUUUUUUGGACGCUGUUUUGUCAGAUUCUUCAGUAAUUUCGGCUACGAUGAGCUGAUCAAGGCAACAGGCCGAUAUUUCUGCGAUUUUCUACAUUCGGUAGACAACAUUCAUCUGCAGAUGCGCUUCACAUAUCGGAAGAUGAAAAGUCCUUCGAUGCAGCUCACCGAGGUAGAUGAAAAUGGAGCCGUGCUCGUUUACAGAAGCACACGAACGGGAUUCUCGAAGUACCUUCGUGGGCAAUUGUUGGAGAUUGCAAAGCAGCUGUAUGGAAUGGAUGUAAGCAUCAAGGUGUUGGAAAGUCAGAAUGAUACACCUGGUGGAACAUCAGGACCAAUUUCGAUACAAGGUGGUCUGAAGACGGUUAUAGUGAAGUACCGCUUGGACUUUGAUAAUCGUGAAUAUAUGCAACGCCGUGUCCACAUCAAAGCACAUCCAUCACAGCUGCAAUUGACACCGGUACACAGUAAGUUGUUGCUUAAUCUUUUCCCUUUUGCUUUGAUACUAAACGAGGAAAUGAAGAUAACUGCCGUGGGUGAGAAACUGAUUGAGUCGUGGAUGUUGAACAAUGGUAAUCGAUCGCCCAAGGAAUUGAUUGGGGCGAAAGUAACAGAGCACUUCAAGCUUCGCCGACCGAGCGGUAUUACUUUCACCUGGGAAAAUAUAAAACGGCUGCAGACGGUUUUGUUUGAGAUACAGCUGCUCAAGGGAUCUUCAGCGAAAGGAUCGAAGGACGCUUCUAAGCAAUCGGAUACACAUGCGACAGUGUCUCAAGUGGACACGAGUUCCUCCACUGAGGAUGCGGCAAAAAUUAUGACCUCCAUUCCGCGACGCGGAUCUCAAGGACUGCGAAGUAUUUUGUUGAAGGGUGAAAUGCGCUACAUAAAAGACAUCAACUCUCUCGUGUUUCUGUGCAGUCCUUUAAUAAACAACUUGGAGGAGCUGCGUGAAAUGGGACUGUACCUAAAUGAUCUCAAUCCCCAUGGACUUAGCCGCGAGAUGGUGUUUUCAGGGUUUUCUCAUUAUUCUCGACUUGAUCUGAUGUGUGAACGUGAGGAGCAGCGAGCGGAGGAACUAGAAACAUCGCUCGCCCUUGCCGACUCUUGGAAACGACAGGGGGAUGAGCUGCUGUACUCCAUGAUUCCUCGCUCAAUAGCGGAGCGGCUGCGCGAAGGACAGAAUCCCCACGAAACGUGCCAGAGCUUCGAAGAGGUAACGGUACUGUUUGCCGAGGUGCAGGAAACGAUCACCGGUGAUGACUCGAUCAAGUACGCCAUGACCACCGUAAAUACACUGAAUGCCGCAUUCAGUGCGUUCGAUGAACUAAUCCAUUCGCCGAUGGCCUAUAAGGUGGAAACGGUUGGGAAGGUGUACAUGGCCGUUAGUGGUGCCCCAGAUAUAAACCCAUUUCAUGCGCAGCACAUGGCUGAUCUGGCGUUGGAUAUGUUGCAAAGCAUACGACAGCUAAACUUACCUGGUGUAGGGGUCAAAAUAGGGUUCCACUCCGGACCGAUAGUAGCGGGCAUCGUGGGAUUGAAGGUUCCGAGAUAUUGUCUGUUCGGCGAUACAGUAAACACUGCUUCACGCAUGGAGAGCAGUGGGGAAACGGAUUGUAUCCAAGUGUCAGGAUACACUGCUCAAAAGCUUAAAAAGCUAGGAUAUGUACUGGCGUACCGUGGCAAGGUGGCAGUUAAGGGAAAAGGCGACAUGGAAACCUUCUGGCUGCAGGGACCUGCGCCGAAAAAGAAAUAAGAAUGGAGGCACCAACAAUCGACCGGAUAGUGCCUUUUAUUUGUGAGAAUGGCGAUAACGUUGAAUCAACCGAGAUCGUUUCGUACUGGACACCGAAGCGUCUAUUUUAUUGUUGUAUGUAUGUAACUGCACACUAACACAUUGUCAUUUAUUAGGCAAUAUAUAGUUGUCACAGUAAAUUUAAAAUGGAAUGGUCAACAACAACAAUGGAAUGGUCAACAAUGUGUACUGGAAUAAUAAAUGAAUAAAUUUGAAAUUGA